AUGAAGUUGAUUUGGGCGGCGGCAGUGGCGGAGAUUUGGGCAGCGGCAGUGGCGGAGAUUUUGGCGACGGCAUCGGCGGAGAUUUGGGCGGCGGCAGUGGUGGAGCCCUGGGCGCCGGCAGUGGCGGAGACCUGGGCGGCGGAAGUGGCGGAGACCUGGGCGGCGGAAGUGGCGGAGACCUGGGCGGCGGAAGUGGCGGAGACCUGGGCGGCGGAAGUGGCGGAGACCUGGGCGGCGGAAGUGGCGGAGACCUGGGCGGCGGAAGUGGCGGAGACCUGGGCGGCGGAAGUGGCGGAGACCUGGGCGGCGGAAGUGGCGGAGACCUGGGCGGCGGAAGUGGCGGAGACCUGGGCGGCGGAAGUGGCGGAGACCUGGGCGGCGGAAGUGGCGGAGACCUGGGCGGCGGAAGUGGCGGAGACCUGGGCGGCGGAAGUGGCGGAGACCUGGGCGGCGGAAGUGGCGGAGAGCAGGGCGGACCCGGCGAAGAGCAGGGUGGACCCGACGGAGAGCAGGGCGGACCUGCCGGAGAGCAGGGCGGACCUGGCGGAGAGCAGGGCGGACCUGGCGGAGAGCAGGGCGGACACGGCGGACAGCAGGGCGGCCGGCAGGGCGGACAGGGCGGACCGCCGCAGCGAGGUCAGCAGGGCGGAGAGCAGGGCGGACAGCAAGGCGGACGUGGCGGACCACCGCAGCAGGGCGGACAGCAGAGCGGAUAGCAGGGCGGAUUUGGCGGACCGCCGCAGCAGGGCGGACAGCAGAGCGGAUUUGGCGGACAGCAGGGCGGCCAGCAGGGACCGCCGCAGGGCCUUACUGGCGGACAGCAGAGCGGACAGCAGAGCAGACAGCAGGGCGGACAGCAGGGCGGAUCUGGCGGACCGCCGCAGCAGGGCGGACCUGGCGGGCCGCCGCAGCAGGGCGGACAGCAAGGCGGACAGCAGAGCGGAUUUGGCGGACAGCAGGGUGGCCAGCAGGGACCGCCGCAGGGCUUUACUGGCGGACAGCAAAGCGGACUGCAGGGCGGACAGCAGGACGGACAGCAGGGCGGAUCUGGCGGACCCCCGCAGCAGAGUGGGCAGCAGGGCGGACAGGGCGGAUCGCCGCAGCAGGGCAGACAGGGGAGGGAAGGGAGGGAAGGGCGGCAAGGGAGGCAAGGGAGGAAAGGGCGGAAAGGGUGGCAAGGGCGGAAAGAAGUGA